AUGGACUCCCCAUUCUUCGAGGACGGGGAGCCCAAAAGCAAACCCGCGAGCUUCCAAGGCCGCCUGCAACUCCAAGAUUUCAUGUUCAAACCGGAUCCCGCGCCCUCGGCCACAUCACCGUCUCCCCUCCGGCGCAGCCCCCGGAAGCAGACUCCACUCGGCCCCGUCGCCUCACCGACGACCCGAGUAACCAAGACACGCGCCGCCAGAUCGACGACGACACCCUCAAAGCCCUCAACCUCCGCAUCACCUUCCGCCUCCCCUUCCUCCUCCGCCUCCGCGUCAAAGGAGAAGAAGAAGAAAACCCCCUCAAAACCAAAACGCAAGCGCCAGGCCACGGGCUACGCACCGCCCUCGACCUACGCCCACCUCCCGCCCCUGGUCGACAUCCUCGCCCCGGACCUCCUGAUCCUCUUCGUCGGCCUCAACCCGGGCCUCGAGACGGCGCGCACGGGACACGUCUACGCGCACCCGUCCAACCUCUUCUGGAAGCUGCUCUUCUCCUCGGGCGUCACCCCGCGGCUGUGCCUGCCCGCCGAGGACCGCGAGCUGCCGGCGCUGUACGGGCUCGGCAACACCAACAUCGUCGCGCGGCCCAGCCGCAACGGCGCGGAGCUCAGCAGGGCCGAGAUGGACGAGGGCGUGGGCGCGCUCGAGGACAAGGUCAGGGGGUGCCGGCCCGAGACGGUCUGCGUCGUGGGGAAGAGCAUCUGGGAGAGCGUGUGGAGGGUGAGGCACGGGAGGGGGAUUCGGAAGGAGGAGUUUCGGUACGGGUGGCAGGACGAGGGGGAGAAUAUGGGGGUUGUCGAGGGACCAGAGGCGUGGGGCGGUGCGAGGGUGUUUGUUGCUACGAGCACGAGCGGUCUCGCUGCUACGCUCAAGCCAGCUGAGAAGGAGAGGAUUUGGCGGGAAUUGGGUGAGUGGUGUGAGAGACGGAGGGCUGAGAGAGCCGCGGCCUGA